GCAGCAGACGAACUGGUGGCUGUCAACACGCGUCAAGAAACUGGAAAAAGAAUUUGAAAAACGCGUUAUCAAAAAAAGCAUAAAAAAAUAUAAUUUAAAUGUCCAGCAGUGAGAGUGAAUCAUCACACGAUGAAAAUUCGGCUGAGGCUGUACCAGUAAAGUCCAAUUCUAAUAGCAACUUUCAAAACGAUGUCGUAUUUGAUACUGGACUGGUUCCCUUGAAAAUGUGUCCUGCAUUGCUAACUGCAGAGGAAUUGGCUUCUGAUGAUUACGACUGUUGGAUGGUCACACUUCCUGCCUCGCUGGAUUCAGAGAAGCUUUGUAAUCUUGAGCUCUCCCUUGCAAAAUCAACAAAAUUUAAAAUUGAGAAAGAUAAAUGUGAAUCCAUUGUUCAACAGAAAAGUGACAUAAACACAUUUGUCCUGCCAGACAAGAAUGGCACAAUGAAGUUUGUUGCAAGGGAGACAGUUGGAACAAUAUCUAUUGUGAAAAAUGUCAGUCUGAAAACCAGAAACAUGCAAACAAGAGACUUUCAAACCAAGAAAAUCAUCGACUUACCCCAAGGUCUUAAAAGAAGGCAUCCCAUUUAUGGGAAAGACCUAGAAGGUAUAAUGUGUCAAACAUCUGGACUCAAGAAACCUAAAGAAGAAAUCCUAGAAAAUAGCCAACACACAGUGAAAGAAAAGAAGAAGAGGAAGAGAACUAAUUAAACAUUUCUGAUUCAUCCAAUGGUGUCCCAAAUAUUACAACUUUCAAUUGAAAAACUUUUUUAUUCCUUGUGCAAAUGUUUUCUCCUGUUCUUUGCAGGCAGCAAAUACUUGUCUUUCUAAAGUCCCAAUGGCUUUAUUGGUAGGGUCCAGUGUCAAUCCAAUUUUAACCACAUCAAAACAAUCUUGGAAUUGCUUUAAACC